AACAGUUCGAACUGCUGCUUUGAUGCUGAUGUUCUGAAAGACGAUGCAGAUCCACACAAUGAUAAAGUGGGCAGAGUUCAUUAGUAUUCGCCCCCCCAGGCCGCGCGCUGUCUGUGCGCCCAUGUGGCAGCAGCUCAGAACCGGAAUGAACCUGUUCCACCCGGUACGGACUCAGCCGCUCUCUGCAGCUCACAGUCAGCCUCACAGGCGGAGAGAGGCGACCGGCGCUGCGGCCUGCAGCUCUAGUGACUUUUAUCGGUGGUGGUCAGCAUCAGCACGAGCACCAAACAGGCUCAGACGACGCCAAAGCGCAGAGAUCCAGACUUUUAAUACAGCUGAGAAAGUUUGAUGCAUGUGGCGUGUUGCCCCCCCACCCCCACCCCCACCAACGCUUUUAGUUUAAACUGUACAGCAGCAGCUCGCGCGCACGCGCGCACGCGCUGGAAUACCGGCUCAUACCGGUACUGAGAGAAGGAAAAAGAGACACAGGGAGCUGACAGUCGGAGAGAAGAUGUGCUGAGGAGAAGAGAGGAAAGGAGAGCAGCAGCGGGGAGAAAAGAGGAGAGAAUCGGAGCUGGUCAGUAAUCCAGCGCUUCAGGCUCGGUCCGGUUCAGACUGAAGCUGACCGGCUCUCAGCGCUGCUCUCCGCCCGGCUCUGUCAGUGAGAUGCUCCAACGAGGAAACGCCGAGAUUUAACGUCUUUUUUAAUAUCAACCGACAACUUUCCUCGGUGUUUCUCCUCGUUUUCGGCAGAAAAAUCUCCAGCCAUGAAGGGACUGGUGCCCACGCUGCGGGGGUGCAUGAGCGCCAACGUGUACCCGCAGGUUCCCGAUGGAGGCUGGGGCUGGGCCGUGGCCGUGGCCUUCUUCUUCGUGGAGGUCUUCACCUACGGCAUCAUCAAAAUCUUCGGCAUUUUCCUGCAAGACCUCACGAACCAUUUUGGAGAGUCCAACAGCCGAGUGUCCUGGAUCGUCUCCAUCUGCGUCUUCGUGAUGACCUUCACAGCCCCUUUAUCCACGGUGCUGAGUAACCAUUUCGGAUGCAGGCCGGUGGUCAUGUUUGGAGGUUUCCUGAUCAGCCUGGGGUCGGUCAGCACAGCCUUCACGCAGUCCAUUGACCAGAUGUACGUCACCGUGGGCCUUGUCUCAGGCCUGGGUUACUGCCUCACCUUCCUGCCUACAGUCACCAUCCUCUCGCAGUACUUCAGCAAGCGCAGAUCGCUCGUCACGUCCGUCGCCUCAACCGGAGAGUGUUUCUCCCUCUUCGUUUUAGCUCCAGCCCUGAGUGCCCUGAAAGAUCACAUCGGCUGGAGGAACUGCCUGGUUGUGAUUGGGCUCCUGCAGGCGUCAGUCAUUGCCUUUGGAGCGCUGCUCAGGCCCAUCAUCAUCCAGCCCACACCCUCCGCCCCAGAGGAGGAGGAGGGGCCUCAGUCUCCCCUCAAACAAACCGAAAGCAAAUACGAGCUGGAGAACGAGUUUACCCGAACCUCCUUCAGCUCCGUGGACUCCGGGGUGCAGUCCAUCUCCUCCUCCAGAACCAACCUGGCUGAGGGUCCGAGCCCGAGUCGCAGUGCGGCGGAACGAGGCUCAGAACAAACCACAGAACUGCAGCUGGUGGAGGAGAGAGGAGAGGAGGAACCUGAACCUGCAGCACUUCCCUCAACUCCUCUAAAACAGCCCACAGCACAGCAGGAGGAGAAAGCGGAGCCGCGGGCGGCCCGGCCCAAACUUCUGGACUUUUCCGUGCUCACGGACUGCAGCUUUAUCUGCUACUCUCUCUUCGGCCUCUUCGCCACGCUGGGCUUUUUCGCCCCGCAGCUCUAUGUGAUUGAACUGAGCGUCAGCCGCGGGUUAGAACGCGAUCGAGCCACCUACAUGCUGUCCACGAUGGCCGUGGCCGAAAUAUUCGGACGCCUCUCCAUUGGCUGGGUGCUGAACCGCCAGCCGAUCCGAAAAAUCUACAUCCUGCUGAUCUGUACGCUGCUGCUGAGCCUGGUGCUGGCGCUCUUCACCGCCGUCUCCGAGUUCUGGGGGUUGGCUUCCUGCUGCGCCGCCUUCGGCUUCCUGUUCGGCACCGUAGGCUCCACCCACAUCCCCAUGCUGGCUGAGGACGAUGUGGUGGGCAUCGAGAGGAUGCCAUCGGCCGUCGGAGUUUACGUUUUUAUCCAGAGCUUUGCUGGGCUGGCUGGUCCACCACUAGCAGGCGCUUUGGUCGACAGGACGCAGAAUUAUGGCUCGGCCUUCUACACCAGCGCGGCCGGCGUGGGCAUGGGGGCGCUUUUUCUGGGUCUGGUCCGGCCCGCCAAACUCGGACUGUGCUGCUGCAGGAGGAAAGGUGUGACGCAGGAGGAGAAACAGGAAGACACGCACAGCGAGGACACACCCACUGACUUCCUGGAAGUGGACCUGGUUGUGGAAAGCAGCCCAGAGGAGUCCAGCUGAUUCAGCAUCAGUCUGAAACCCUCACACUCACCAAUAAACACACGUACUGAAGGAUACAGUGGGGUCAACUGGCUCGAUUCACACGUACAUCUUCUCCACAUUAAUAACAUAUAUUACAUCAACACAGUUUACAUUCAUGCGUUUGGAGCACAGCCAGUGUAGAGUCAGAGUCAGGUAGAGUCUUUCAGAAGGACUGGUGUGCUGCCCAGGCGGGGAACUGACCCCUAGUCUGUUACGUGGAGGGUAGCAGUUUUACUCAUUAUGCUCUACAAACCACUGACAGCAGUGAGUAACCUGAGAGACAAGCUGGGUUAACCGUUAAAAUCCAAGCUUAUAACAUCCUGAGGCUUAUUAUACAGUUAUUACACGGACUACAACACAAACUAUCCUCAGAUGUGAAUAAAGCAGCGUUCACCCAGAUUUUUAACUAUUUUAUGAUUUAAGAAAGUCUGAAAUACAGACUACACGUUUUGAUAUUCUACAGAAACUACAAGCCAAAAAAGGCCUACAAAAGGUCACUCUGAGCAUCAGUGAAGGCGGCGUAGCGGCGCACAGAGUGACACGUUACAGCUCCAUUAAUAGUAAAUAGACGAAAUUCAUGCAGAAACUUUUUACUGCUUAAUAGAAGUUUGGAGCUGUGAGUUUUAAGGCCUUUUAAGGCCAUUUAAGGUGUUGAUAUAAUAUGUCUUCAAUGGAAAUCUCAAUGGAAAUUAUGGUGAAUAGAUUUGGACCAAUAGAAACGGUCCAAAUUUACAUGGAAUAAAAUUUCCUUACAUUAACGUUCAUUACAGUCAGCGUAAUUGUGAGAUCACAGAUCAUUUUCUUCUUCUAUCGUGAUGUAUGUGUGAGUGAAACUCAAUUUCAGGGAGCGUCUCUAAGCUAGCCGAGAGUGAUACUACUGGUUAAUAUUACGUAGCCCCUCCCACUGGUGCACGGUGACAUCAUCAAAAUAUCAGAAGACGUUUUAGGGGUGGGACAAAAGUUAUAUUUUGGUGGAGGAUUACAGAAACACAAGAAUGUAGUGUUUAAAAUCCAGUAUGAUGAGUUAUGUUUAAUAUUUCUCUUAAAAAGGUGCCGUUUUAUAAUAAUUCAUAUACAUUAUUGAUGUGGAAAUAAUGUAAACGUUUGAAUCAAGUACUUUCGACCCCACUGUCUUCUUCAGUAAACACACUUGAACGAUCCACCCAAAGACGGACAUUCCCAGUCCCUUUUUUUCGGUGCCUCAUUUUCUCCCCACUUUUAAUUUAUUUUUUAUUUUCUUUUGUUUUGGACCAAACGAGAAACCUCAGGCCGGUCAGCGCUGCCGCUCGGCCACAGCGUGAAACGGUCUCUAUGAUUUGUCCGUUCCAGUGACGACAGGCCGUGUUGUGUCAUUCGAGGUGAAAUGUCGGUGUUCUUGUUUACAGCAGGUUGUUUUUCUACCUGUUUGUGGUUCAUCCAUUAGUGCUUAAUGGAAACCGAGCUUGUUUUUAAAGCGGUGAGAGGUUUGAGUGGAGCCGCUGUGAUGAAGCUAAAGUUUUCUUUGUGUUUGGAAUUUCCCGUUCCACCUUAAAUGGUGCCAGAAUGUACCUGCUGCACUGUUUAAGGUGGAACGGUAGAUUCCAGAAAGAGAGCUGGUGAAUGAAUAAGAAGCCGCUUUCAGCCUGUCGUUGCUGUGAGGUCAUGACGUCCCGAUGUAAACUGACCUCAGUGAGAGACACAACCACGGAUGGGUCAUAUGAUCUGCUCCAGCUUCACGUCUUCCACGUUCGUAACGCCGCCUCUGAGGAACUUUUCUGUACGAAGGACAACAAAGAAGAAUGAAUGUAGCAAAUGUGUGUUCAUCCUUUAUCGGGGGGACAAAUGGUUCUCAUUGAGUUCCUUCAAAGAACCGAGAGCUCGUCAGUACAGCAGCAGAGUGAGCUAUGAACACUCCCGACUCACUCUGAUCACACAGGGAGUGAAGGAGGCAGCGCAGAUUUAACUUUAAUUUAUUUUUAUUUCCAAAUCAUUAUCAGACUUGAAUCUGAUAAUGAUUGGUUCUGACCUGAACCAAUUAAGGCGCGUCCUCACCUGAAGACUUGAACAGCUCUGAUCUUCUUUGGUUUGUCAGCCAUGAUGUUAUGAUUGCACUGUAGUUUGUCUCGUUGUUAUGAUUUAUGGGCAUCACUUUCUUUCUUUUUUAAUAUUUUUGUGUAAUGAAACCAAACAGUGAUGUAGAGUUCGCCUUUGAAAUGCUGCAACUGCUGUAUUACAGUUAGUUUUACUGAAUUAGAAUAAAUUUCAGUUCUUGAUUUUA